GGUAAAAUAAGUCACUUAAGGAUAACUUCUCAGUUGAUUGUCUAUCUCAUUUGUCCGUGGUGUAAGAAUGAAAGAGGUUUUAUAUCAACUUCAGGAGUUUGAAAUGGAAUAGAAGGCUAUUAUCCUUACAGAAACAGCUGUGUUUUUCUAGGGAGCAGAGAGAAGGGAUUUGUUUAUUCCCAUAAUACAUUACUGUUGCAGAAACAUGGUAUAAGCUUUCAUUUUUUUAUCUGAUGUUUCUCUGAACUCUGCAUCUUAAUCAGGGUGUGGUGUCCUCUAUUCAGUCAUUAAAUAAUUUUUAUACCAACACAAAUAUGAUAGGAAGGAAAGUGUAAGUUCAUGAAGAAUGACUUAAUUCCAGGUUUCCACUUAGACUCAUCAGCGUACUGAAUUAUCAGGAAACAGCGCUGAAGGGAAGUAGGGGGCACGGGGAAUGUGCACUAUGGUAGUUGGGAAUGGUAGUAUGAUGUUUUAUCAGGUUCACUUCCUGGCUAAAGAAGGUUGGGGAGGAAGUGGGCCAUGAGGUGAGAUGUGUUUGCUCAGAUUCCUCUUGCUAUAUAGCCUCUUGUAUAUGUGCUUAAUCAGUGUUAAUCCUGUGAGUGAAAGUGCAUAGCAUGGCUCUACUAGAAGCCUGUUGUCUCAAGUUGACUCGGACCUCACGCGUGCUAUGCAUACCUUCUGCCACUGAGCUGUCCCGUCUCAGAGUUUUGAUGAGACUUAGCUGGACCCUUGCUGUCACCAGCACCAUUGUGAGCGUGCAGGAGAGCCACUACAGCUGGCUAGGAUGUCUCCUGCGUGAAGAGUGUAAUAAAUUCAAGUGUGUGUAUCUGAGCCAGAGCCUGAACAAUCCUCAGCAAUGUGGUUGGCUUGGUGUGCUGAGGCCUGUCUGUAGUGGAAGCCUUAAAGUCCAUGGCUAUGGCUGUCUGAGCUUGGCAGGUAUGGACGUGGGGGUCCAUUCCAAGACGUGCUGUGAGGAGGCCCUGAAGAGUUAACAACCUCUUCCCACACACUGUCAAGGGUUGCUAAUUUACCUUUCAGGAAAACCCCAAUGGCAAGGAAAGAAGCCAUAAAUCCCAAGCCAGAACACUCUGCUCUGUAUAUGCUUUCUAAGCACGGACUGCAUAUGCCAGAGAAAUGGAGAACAAUACUGGACUUCCUCCCUUUGUCCUGAUUCAGUCAUUAGAAAGGCACAGUCAGUUCUUCAUCUGUAGUUCAGAGGGUUGAGGGCUUGAGACCCAGGCUGCACCUGAGGCCACAGAAGGAGCAGAGAGGAACUCUGCCAGCUUGGAGUUAGAAGGAUGAGGAGUUCUAGGUUCUCCUUGGCUACAUAGUGAGUUCCAGCUAGGCCUGCGUAGUAAGAUCCCCUACCCCAAAGCAAAUUGAAAUAAAACCCCACUGAUUUUGGUGUUAAAUAGGCCCAUAACCCCUCACCUUAUAUUAAGAAAAUAAACCCUUCGUGUUAUGAAAAUUGAGUUUACGUUAGUAUCAGUUCAUUCGUUGGUAAAACCUGGUGAGAAUUAACUUAGAUUAUGUAGAAUAUUUAUCUAUAGGGUAUGGUUAUUUUGGAAGAUUCCAGAAUAUUUACAAAACUAGAUUACCCUGUUGCACUUUUUUCAAUGAUUUUAAAACUGUCUUAUUUUGCAUGUGCACAAAGGCAUGCAUGUCAGGGUCUUAGGACAACUUUACAGGAGUCAGUCAGUUUUUCCACCAUGUGGGUCCUGGGGAUUGAACUCAGCUCGUCAGGGUUGAUGGCAAGAUGACGGGCCAAAACGCCAGCUCCUUCUGAUACUUGUAUUUGUUUCUGUGUCUUGCUGAGUCAGUGUCUGUAAAGGGUGCAUCUGAUCUCUUUUAAUUCACUGAUUUUGAUCUGUUUGAGCUUGAGAAUCAACCGAACAACACAGGCUUAUAGACAUUUAUCUCCGAAAGUCUGUACCUGUUCAAACUGGGCCUGGCUCCUCAGAUUCAGGACCUGUAUGGGAAGGUCGACUUUACAGAAGAAGAAAUCAACAACAUGAAGAUCGAGCUAGAGAAGUAUGGGAUCCAGAUGCCAGCUUUCAGCAAGAUUGGGGGCAUCCUGGCCAAUGAACUCUCGGUGGACGAAGCUGCGCUACAUGCUGCUGUUAUCGCUAUUAAUGAAGCUAUUGACCACAGAGUCCCAGCCGACACCUUUACAGCCCUGAAAAACCCCAAUGCCAUGCUUGUCAACCUGGAAGAAGUCCUGGCUUCCACCUACCAGGAUGUCCUUUACCAGGCCAAGCAGGACAAGAUGACAAAUGCUAAAAACAGGACAGAAAAUUCUGACAGAGAAAGGGACGUGUAUGAGGAGCUGCUCACUCAAGCUGAAAUUCAAGGGAAUGUAAACAAGGUCAAUACACAUUCUGCCCUGGCCAACAUCAAUCUGGCCUUAGAGCAGGGCUGCGCGCUGGCCCUGCUCAAGGCUCUGCAGUCACCGGCCCUGGGCCUUCGAGGGCUGCAGACCCAGAACAGCGACUGGUAUUUGAAGCAGCUCCAAAGUGACCAACAGCAGAAGAGACAGAGUGGCCAGACUGACCCCCUGCAGAAGGAGGAGGUCCAGGCCGGAGUGGAUGCCGCCAACAGUGCUGCCCAGCAAUACCAGAGACGGUUGGCAGCAGUGGCAGCCAUCAAUGCAGCCAUCCAGAAGGGCGUCGCCGAGAAGACGGUUUUGGAGCUAAUGAAUCCCGAAGCCCAGCUGCCCCAGGUGUAUCCGUUUGCCGCUGAUCUGUAUCAGAAGGAGCUGGCCACUCUGCAGCAACAGAGCCCCGAACAUAGCCUCAUCCACCCUGAACUCACCGUUGCUGUGGAGAUGCUGUCCUCUGUGGCCCUCAUCAACAGGGCGCUGGAGUCCAGAGACAUGAACACAGUGUGGAAGCAGCUGAGCAGCUCAGUCACGGGCCUUACCAACAUCGAGGAAGAGAACUGCCAAAGGUAUCUGGAUGAGUUGAUGAAGCUGAAAGCUCAGGCACAUGCGGAGAAUAAUGAAUUUAUCACAUGGAACGACAUCCAAGGCUGUGUGGACCAUGUGAACCUGGUGGUGCACGAGGAACAUGAGCGAAUUUUGGCCAUUGGUUUAAUUAACGAAGCCCUGGAUGAAGGGGACGCUGGGAAGACUUUGCAGGCACUGCAGAUUCCUGCAGCUAAGCUUGAGGGCGUCCUUGCAGAAGUAGCCCAGCACUACCAAGACACGCUCAUCAGAGCAAAGAGAGAAAAGGCGCAGGAAACCCAGGAUGAGUCAGCUGUGCUAUGGUUGGAUGAAAUUCAAGGUGGAAUCUGGCAGUCCAACAAAGACACUCAAGAAGCACAGCGGUUUGCCUUGGGAAUCUUCGCCAUCAAUGAAGCUGUGGACAGUGGCGAUGUUGGCAGAACCCUGAGUGCCCUCCGUUCUCCGGAUGUUGGCUUAUAUGGCGUCAUCCCCGAAUGUGGUGAAACAUACCAGAGUGACCUUGCUGAAGCCAAGAAGAAAAGACUAGCGGCAGGAGACAACGGCAGCAAGUGGGUGAAGCACUGGGUGAAAGGCGGGUACUACUACUACCACGAUCUGGAGACGCAAGCGGGAGGAUGGGACGAGCCCCCGGGUUUCGCGCAGAAUUCUGUGCAGCUUUCUCGGGAGGAGAUCCAGGGCUCCAUCUCUGGCGUGACUGCUGCGUACAACCGAGAGCAGCUCUGGCUGGCCAACGAAGGCUUGAUCACCAAGCUGCAAGCCUGCUGCCGCGGCUACCUCGUCCGGCAGGAAUUCCGGUCCCGCAUGAACUUCCUAAAGAAGCAGAUUCCUGCCAUCACCUGCAUUCAGUCUCAGUGGAGGGGAUACAAGCAGAAGAAGGCAUAUCAAGACCGGCUGGCUUACCUGCACUCCCAUAAAGAUGAAGUUGUGAAGAUCCAGUCCCUUGCCAGGAUGCACCAAGCUAGAAAGCGCUAUAGAGAUCGCCUGCAGUAUUUCCGAGACCACAUAAAUGACAUUAUCAAAAUCCAGGCUUUCAUUCGGGCAAACAAAGCUCGUGAUGACUACAAGACCCUCAUCAAUGCUGAGGAUCCGCCUAUGAUUGUGGUCCGAAAGUUUGUCCACCUCCUGGACCAAAGCGAUCAGGACUUCCAGGAGGAACUUGAUCUUAUGAAGAUGCGGGAGGAGGUCAUCACUCUCAUCCGUUCCAACCAGCAGCUGGAGAAUGACCUCAAUCUCAUGGAUAUCAAAAUCGGACUGCUGGUGAAGAACAAGAUCACGUUGCAGGAUGUGGUUUCCCAUAGUAAAAAACUUACCAAAAAGAAUAAGGAACAGCUGUCUGAUAUGAUGAUGAUAAACAAGCAGAAGGGAGGUCUCAAGGCUUUGAGCAAGGAGAAGAGGGAGAAGCUGGAGGCCUAUCAGCAUCUGUUCUAUUUGUUGCAAACCAACCCUACAUAUCUGGCCAAGCUGAUCUUCCAGAUGCCUCAGAACAAGUCUACCAAGUUCAUGGACUCUGUCAUCUUCACGCUGUACAACUACGCAUCCAACCAGCGAGAGGAGUACCUGCUGCUCCGGCUCUUCAAGACCGCACUCCAGGAGGAGAUCAAGUCAAAGGUGGAUCAAAUUCAAGAAAUCGUGACAGGAAACCCUACGGUUAUUAAGAUGGUUGUGAGUUUCAACCGUGGUGCCCGAGGCCAGAACGCCCUCCGGCAGAUCUUGGCCCCUGUUGUGAAAGAAAUUAUGGACGACAAGUCUCUCAACAUCAAAACUGACCCCGUGGAUAUUUAUAAGUCUUGGGUUAAUCAGAUGGAGUCACAGACUGGAGAGGCAAGCAAGCUGCCCUAUGAUGUGACCCCUGAGCAAGCCUUGUCUCAUGAAGAAGUGAAGACAAGGCUAGACAACUCCAUCAGGAACAUGAGGGCCGUGACAGACAAGUUCCUCUCAGCUAUCAUCAGCUCUGUAGACAAAAUCCCUUACGGGAUGCGCUUCAUUGCCAAAGUGCUGAAGGAUUCGCUCCACGAGAAGUUCCCUGAUGCUGGUGAGGACGAGCUGCUGAAGAUCAUCGGUAACUUGCUUUACUACCGCUAUAUGAACCCAGCUAUCGUCGCUCCUGAUGCCUUUGACAUCAUCGACCUGUCAGCAGGGGGCCAGCUCACCACUGACCAGCGCAGGAAUCUGGGCUCCAUUGCAAAGAUGCUCCAGCACGCAGCAUCCAACAAGAUGUUUCUGGGAGAUAACGCCCACUUAAGCAUCAUUAACGAGUAUCUCUCUCAGUCCUACCAGAAAUUCAGACGGUUUUUCCAAACUGCUUGCGACGUCCCGGAGCUGCAGGAUAAAUUUAACGUGGAUGAGUACUCUGACCUAGUCACCCUCACCAAGCCGGUCAUCUACAUUUCCAUCGGCGAAAUCAUCAACACCCACACUCUCCUGUUGGACCAUCAAGACGCCAUUGCUCCAGAGCACAAUGACCCCAUCCACGAACUGCUGGACGACCUUGGGGAGGUGCCCACCAUCGAGUCCCUUAUAGGAGAAAGUUGCGGCAGUCUGAAUGACUCCAAUAAGGAGGCGCUGGCUAAGACAGAAGUCUCUCUCACACUGGCCAACAAGUUUGAUGUGCCUGGAGAUGAGAAUGCAGAGAUGGAUGCUCGAACCAUCUUGCUGAACACAAAACGUUUAAUUGUGGAUGUCAUCCGGUUCCAGCCAGGAGAGACCUUGACUGAAAUCCUAGAAACCCCAGCCACCAGUGAACAGGAAGCUGAACAUCAGAGGGCCAUGCAGAGACGCGCUAUCCGGGAUGCCAAGACCCCUGACAAGAUGAAAAAGUCAAAACCCAUGAAGGAGGAUAACAACCUCAGUCUCCAGGAGAAGAAGGAGAAGAUCCAGACUGGCCUGAAGAAGCUAACGGAGCUUGGGACAGUGGACCCAAAGAACAGAUACCAGGAGCUCAUCAAUGACAUUGCCAAGGAUAUCCGGAAUCAGCGGAGAUACAGGCAGAGGAGGAAAGCCGAGUUGGUAAAGCUGCAGCAGACGUACGCGGCUCUGAACUCCAAGGCCACCUUUUACGGAGAGCAGGUGGAUUACUACAAGAGCUAUAUCAAAACCUGCUUGGAUAACUUGGCCAGCAAGGGCAAGGUCUCCAAAAAGCCUAGGGAGAUGAAAGGCAAGAAAAGCAAAAAGAUUUCUCUGAAAUACACAGCAGCAAGACUACAUGAAAAGGGGGUUCUUCUGGAAAUUGAGGACCUCCAAGCAAAUCAGUUUAAAAAUGUUAUCUUUGAAAUCGCUCCAACAGAAGAAGUUGGUGACUUUGAAGUGAAAGCCAAGUUCAUGGGAGUUCAGAUGGAGACUUUCAUGUUGCAUUAUCAGGACUUGCUGCAGCUGCAAUACGAGGGGGUUGCAGUCAUGAAGCUAUUUGAUAGAGCUAAGGUGAACGUCAACCUCCUCAUCUUCCUUCUCAAUAAGAAGUUCUAUGGGAAGUAACUGGCCGUUGGCUUCCAGCCUAGAAGAAUUCAAAAGGGCAACGCCUCCCGGCUGCCUCUCUAGGAUCCUUUCAUUACUCCUUGGAAGCAAAGACCUGGUCCAGCGGUGUCUGCAUUCACACUCCUGAAGCCCCAUGUUUAAGCCCUCUCCCCCUGGCGGGACAUUCAGUGCCCUCUUUUCACAGUGAAGUCGUAUGUCAGGCUUCGUCUAACCCCUGCUUCCCUCAUUUUCUUUCAUCAUGUAGGAAAGAGUGGAAUCCCACCGAAUCCCUCUCUGUUACAGCCUCCUAGGUGGCAAACGGGUGUUUGUUUUACUUAGCCAUAAGAAUGGUGGGAUUCAGCUUCUUGUUGAGAAGUGAAAGCUGUCAGGUCAAUAGCAAACAUGCACAUCAGAGUCACGGUUGAGGAUGGCCCAUCAGCGCAGUCGGAGGAUGGAGUCUGUGUGUCUUCUGUUCUGCUUGCCUUGUAAGCGGAGCUCAUCCAAGUUACUAUUCUCUGUCCAAAUGAAGCAGCUUCAGGAGGAAAAAAGCACCUGCUUUCUGGUUCUCCACUGCAUCUGGGUAGUACUGUUAGUGUAGAACCCUUCCUGGCGAGGGGAACCCCACAAUCGUCGCCGGCCCUUCAGAGACUAAGAGUGGGCCGAGUCUCCCGCCUCUUGAGAGCCCCUCUCACAAAGGGAUGGCCUACCCUAGCCCCAAAUGUAACUGUUUUCAAAACUAUUUGUGUUCAAAGAGUGCCUUACUGAAGUAUAAAUUUGUUUCUUAAAAUGUGAGUGAUAGGAAUUUUAAAGAUUUAUAUAAUGCUUGAGAAUACUCUGAGAAGGGUUGGUUUUUUUCAUUGUGUUAUCUGUAUAUCUGAAUUCUUGAAGCUUUUCUAUCGUGUACAUGAGGGUUUAUCUACAGAGUCGCCAAGAUAAUUCUGCUGGAUUUUAGCAACAGCAGCCAACCCAUGUCAUGCUUGAAGUUCAGAUCCAUUUUCCUACUCUCUUCUCUGCUGUCCACAUCAUGCUUUCAUUCCAAAAAGCCUGGACUUACGCUCUGACUGACACAGUUCAGCUCCAGACAUUGAAUUUGGAAAUUCGUCCUCGGACUAAAGGUCAUAAACUUAAAACAAAAACCAAACAAACAAAACCUCUUUAUCCAAAAGUUAGGUAAAUCAUGCCACCAAGCCUUUACUCGGUAAAGGCUUUGAGGUUUGGUUCAGUAUUCUUGCAUAAAACAUAAAAACUAAACUAACAUCGCAUACUUUACUGAUAUAUAUCAAAGGCCAUUUUAACUAGUGGCAGGUUGUGUGGUAUGCCCCUGUUACAAAUGUAAAUCUUGAGAAGUGUCCUUCAGGAUGUCCAGUGGACAGGCCAUGGUGGAGGCCUCAGUGAGCAGGUACAGUAGAGGCGGUGCUGAGGAAGGCUCUGCCACCACAGUGACCCUGGUUUUCAUCGUGUUUUGGAGCAUAGUUUUCUCAGAAAAUAAGUUCUUCAGAAACUUACGCUAAAGGAAAAUGCUAAGGCUAGCAUGGAAGCACGCACCUGUAAUCUCAGGACUGAGGCAGGGGGUUGCUAUGGCCAGCCUGGACUACACAGCCCCACCCAGUCUCAGAGAGGGAGAGUCCUUUUUCUUCUUCUUCUUUUUUUUUUUUUUUUUGAGAGACAAAGGAGACAAGAUCCUUAAUGUAGCCUUGGCUAUCCUCAAACUCACAGAGAUCUGCCUGCCUCUGCCUCCUGAUUGCUGGAAUUAAAGGCAUGAGCCAGUGUGCCUGGCUUUUAGGUAUAUUUCCUUAAAAAGGAUGCCAUCACAAACUCCACCUCCAGGACAGUGAUGAAUACGGGUGACAGCGUCUUAGAAAGUCUCAUUUACCUGCAAGGAUGCUCCUUCCCUGAACACCCAGUAACACUGCACCCAAUGCCCUUGGAGGAUUUUCAUGGCUGUCGUGGAAUCCUGCUCUAAGAAGCACAGAGGUCACCUGGCAAGCCUCAGUUUGGCACACUGAAGUGCAGCGCCUGUGUUAUUUAUUAGCUGUAAUCAUCUCUGUCUUGGCUCCCUCCUCCUCCUCUGACCUUCUCUCUGACCAGCCAUCAUGACAUUUACUAUGAAUUUACUUCCUCCCAAGAAUUUGGACUGGCGGUUAGAUGGUUGCUACACACAAUUGCCUUUGUAUCCCCAUAUGAAAUAAAAGGUCAUUUGUUCCUGUU